UUACACACGUUAUAGAGCUCUAUAUAUAUUAUGGAGUUUUUCAAACUAGGGUAAAGUAACGUGCGAGACCAAGAAAAGUGUGUGAUUUGCGAUACUAUCUUACACUUGCUACCGAAAGUAUUAUACAUUCUUAGUUGAUUAAUGACACAGUACUAAUUAAUUUUAUUCCAUUGAUAUGUGACAGAUUUUGGCAAGAAUCGACAUUGUUUUGAUAUGCUGAGAGUGAAAAGAGUGUGAAAAUGUGUACGCGGACUUGUCUUAUAACCUUUUUAGUUUUUGGACUUAACUUUUGGUAUGCAGAAUGCAACACUACGCAAACAUGUCCCCAGAAUCUGAACCCUGCUUCUGGAAAAACUGGGGUGAAACCAGUUUUAGACAGAUACGAGUCAGCAUUGCUUAUGUUACUAGGAUUUGGUGGUUUUUCGAUCAUCCUUGCCUUGUUUCACAAUGCCGUUCGGAAGCAUAUAUUCCACGAUGAACACAAUCUGGACACAACGUUUGAUGCCGGCGGAAACGUCAGUCUUAGUUUAACAGCAGUUACUGUUGCUUCCCAACUGUUUUGGCCAGGUGACAUUCUACACAGUGCCACCCUGACGACUAAGAAUGGGAUAGCUGGUCCGUUUUGGUAUGCAGUUGGAAUAAUGAUAAACAUUUUCAUAUUUCCAAUAUUUUCUGUCCAGUUUAAAACAAGAGCACCAGGUGCUAAAACUUAUUUACAGAUUAUCCAUGCACGAUUUGGCAAAUCGGCACAUGCUCUGUUUUGCGUUUUUGCCCUUGUGACAAACCUUGUAAUCAUGAUAGGCCUACUUUUGGCGGGUCGGGCAACUAUACAGUCACUGACUAGAGAUGCUUCCGAUGAAUUUUGUUUAUUCGUAAUGGCGAUACUUUUUGGUUCUUACUCGCUCAUUGGUGGAAUAGGCACGACGUUUUACGUUUCAUACUUCAACGCGUGCCUCGUUUUCAUUCUGUUAAUUGUAUUUGUCAUCAAAAUAUUACACAAUUCAGACUCCGAAUUUGCAUCUAUAGGAGACAUUUCACGCAUGUACAAAUCAAUUUCGUGCGUAGAAGGUCCCGUUGAGAACGAAAACCACAGUUAUCUGACAUUCAGAUCAGGUGUGGCAUUUUUAUAUGGCGUCAUUGAAGUAUUUGUGUCGUCUGCUGUGACGUAUUGUGACCAAGCAUCAUGGCAGAGUAGAAUAGCAGCGAAACCAGUUCAAGGAGUAUGGGGAUUUUUACUGGCUGGUUUCAUCUGGUUCUCUAUUCCAUCCACUAUGGCAACAACGACUGGUAUGGCUUAUAUAGCUCUCAGUGCAGAAAAUGGGACGCAUUACUUGAGUGCUGGUCAGAUAGACGAAGGUUUGGUGACACCUUUAAUUGCAGAGAAGGUCCUUGGUUCGUCUGGUGGAAUACUCAUUCUGACCAUGGGUGCCAUGGCUCUAAUGUCGACAGGGUCAGGAGAGGUCAUGGCGAUAUCCUCCAUCAUCGUCUAUGACAUUUAUCAAACAUAUAUACGUCCGUUCAGAAAAGACUUAAAGAGAACGGAUUGUGUUUUGUGCGGGAAGCUAAAGAAACAGACAGUUGCUGCCACUUAUGCAAAUGACCAGGACCGGGAAAUUUUGUGUCACUGUCGAAGUGUCAACAAGUGUCAUAAUUGCUUAGAGGAUAUACAAAGACGACACAGACCGAACUUGUUUGGUAUCAAACCACCGUAUAUGUGUCCAAUACACGGACAGUAUCGUCAAUACCAAGAUUAUCUUAUCACUUUUAAGAACUGGUGUAUCAUCUGGGUUACAUUGGCGAUUAUUCCGCUGGGUUUGAUAAUUUUUGAGUCCGGUAUCGACCUUAACUGGAUAUUUUACGUAGGAGCCAUUAUAACGAUUCCAUGUUUUCCACCAGUGAUGCUUUCUAUUAUAUGGGUAAAAGCAACCUCAAAAGGCCUCAUGGUCGGUGCAGUCACCGGGUUUUUUUGUGGAUCAGCUGCAACACUUACAGCCGCUAGUAUGUACCCGAAUGGAUUGAAUGAUUUUCUUUUAAAUACUGUGAGAGAUUACAGUAUUUUAGCUGGAACAUGCUUUAGUUUUGGCGUUAGCCUGACUGGAUGUUUGAUUAUCUCCCUUUUCACACAUAAGAUUAAAAAUAAACAUGACGAAGAUAUGGAAUGGCAGAAAAUGUACAACAUAGAUAAUCCUCUUAAUCCUUGGGAGCUUAAUUUUAAAGAGGAGCUAGAAGGACUCCAUUUUGAUACGAAACCAACAUUUCAGCAGAUGUCUACUACCUUUAGAAAAGCAAAAAUUACAGCAUACGUAGGGGGAUUUUGCAGUAUAUUUUUAUUCGCCAUUUUGAUACCAGGGAUAAUGGCUACCUUCACCGUUAUGAGUGAAACCCAAUUUAAAGUAUGGGUGUGGUUUACACAAGGUUGGGCAGUAGUAAUGGCGGUUAUAGUUAUCGUUGCACCUCCAUUUGAAGAAAUUCGGAGAAUUGUUAAACAGUACCGCAAAAACAAAGAAAGGAGGCAAGAGUCGAAUGGAAAUAUCAAUGAUAAAAUUGUAAUGAACGAAGUUAUUUUUAAGGACAAGUCACAUACCGAUAGUAAUAGUGUCCCAACUAAGGUUUAAUGAUAAUCCGUCAUUAUAUGGAAAGAAGGUGACAUCCUACAAAUUUGUUUUCUCCCCACGUUCAAGUAGGUCGUUAACACAUAAUCGUAAUGAUUUAUAUAGAAUGCACUUAUAUCAGCGAUUUUUGGAUAGACGAUCCAAAUCAAUAAGUAUACGAGAAAAAAAUGUAUUAUAACAAAAAUAAACCAUGCAUUUUGUUCAUGUAAACAAUGAAUCAAACUGUCCUUUUUUGUAGCAAUCGUAAUAAAUGCACUUUUUAGUGUAAUGAUUUGCUGAGUGUUUGUAACUAGAAAACAUAUGACUAUAUAAUGACAAUACUAAUGAAAAUAAUAGUUUGUAGAAAUUCAAAUAUUAAUAUAUAAUUAAAUUUUUGUUGUGGUUUUACUUAAAUGAACUUCAAAGCUGUUGAUUUUUUCGUAUUAAAUUAACAUUGAAAUUCAAAGUGAUUAUCAUUAUCCUGAUAAGAGAGAACAAUUUGUAUCCCUCGAUCACGCACUUUAAUACCGUACUUUCUAAAAUACAUUAUAAAAAAAUAAUCUAUGUAGCAAGUGCAUUUUAUAGAAAAAAGGAAACAAACCAGCAGCUCUAACUAGUCUACUAGCAGACUGUAAUCGACCUUGAAUCAGAAAUACAUGUAUAUGUAUAUUUUCCUAAGGAGGGACACAGAUUUGAAUUGAAAAUAAAGAGCUAGUGGAAAGAGCAAAUGUAUUUGUGUGUAAUACAUGUAUUCUAUAUUGUUUUUCAUAUCUUUUAAUUCUUUUAAAUAUUUUGUUAAGCUAAACAAUGUUCAUAGUUAUACUUUUUAUAUAAAUUGGUUAAACAUAUUUAUCAAUGUGUACUUCUCACGCUUAGUAUGUAUUGGGCAACAUCUCAUUAUGUCCGGUUUCGAACCAGAUUACCAUUGGCAGAGGGAAACAUCUUUUGGUAAACGUGUGUAAUAAUAGAAUCAACAUUGGUAAUUGGCAAAUAGAUUUGGUAUUUGUAUAUGCUUUUCAUGUUUAUUUCAAUCAAAUUAUCCGUUAGCUAUCUACCUCGAUUAAUUUUUUGAAUAUAAGAUUAUUUACAUUGUAUAAACAAGGAAGGUGUUGUAGCAUUUGUUCAUUUUUUGUAUUUCUUACUCGCAAAUUAUAACAAACGUAUAUAACAAUGUACUAUGGUUUUGAGAAAUAUAUAUAAAUAAUUAAUUAUAAGUGUUCGAACGGCAUAUUUUGAAGUUAAUAAAACAUUCUGGCAUUUUGGUUUUAAAAGAAAAGAGUCCAAUUAAUACAUGUACAGAUUUUCAUUGCAUCAAAACGUAUUUUAACACACAUACAUUAUAUUUUUUAUCUGACAAACUAUACAGAAGAAGAAGAAGAAGAAGAAUAAGAAUAUUUAUUGAAAGCAAUUAAAGGGACCGUUUCCGAGCAUAUACAUAUAGAUUCUACCACUGCAUCGAGUGUGAUACGAUAUUUAUCCACUCGAGACAGUUAAAUUUUCAAAUUUAAAACGCGAGGCUCGCCGAGCGUUUUAAAUAUUUAAAAUUUAACUGUCGAGAGUGGAUAAAUAUCGUAUUACACGAGAUUUGGUGGUGGAAUCUGUUUCUCUAAUGAUUUUCAAACUAUAUGCAGGCAAACUUAUUCCUUCUUUUUGAAUUAUCUGCAAAAAGAUGUGUUCUUUCUAUGUGACUUCAUCAGGCAUGGUCGCCUUUUUUCAUGCCGUCACAAUAGGAAAUUCAGAGGAAAGCAAGAAAAUUCGACGUCAUAAUCAGAUUUUAACCAAUGAAGAACUGAGAUCAAACGAACCACACGUUGAUUAAAUUUUUUUUAUACAAUUGGUGCAGAAAGGGAUAAAUUGACGAAGAAUUAGAGAAAUAUAUAUAUAGUAUUAAUUGUACAUGAUAUUACGUCUAUCAUAUUUCACUGUUAGCAAAGUCCUGCUCUUUCACUAUUAUUUUUAAAAAUGUUGAAAUAUGUAUAAAAGUACUGGGAUCCUCUCAAAAAUGUUUACUUGAUAAAUCUGUCCAGAGAUAUGCAACAUGAAUGUAAGAAACUGAAAGUCCAUAAAAGGAUGCUGCGUUGUUGUGACUUUCAGUAAAGGCUGGGAAACGUUUUAUUAUUGACUUUGCUUGGAGACAAUUUCUUUGAUAUUUGAUUAUUUAUCUGGUUUGGAGCACAAUGUAGACGAUUUUCAAUUCUUAAAGAAACAAUCUAUGCAUGUUCUUGUAAGCGUCAGUCCAUCAAUAACAGAUAUUACACUGAAUUUAGAAAUAGGAUUGAGAAUGUAUUUCCUCAAUGACUUUGACCUUUAGUCAUAUGUAUCUAACCAACUAUUUGUAUGUACUAUAGAAGCAUUUUUAGCAUAAAGUCCAGUAGUGUUAUGAAUGAGUUAAACAUAUUUUAUUGUUCAUUCAACAUUUGGUCAUAAGAAUUUGAUAGUUAUUCAUUUUUCUCAAAAGUUAUUCAUGUGUAUUCAAGUUUUCAUUUGUUUUAUUUGUCAAUGUACUAGAAAAAAACUUUUAUAUGCAUGUGUUUAAAGAAUUCAAUUUCGUAUUUUGUAUUUUGUAGCAGAAUGCUCCUGAAAAUUUAACCUUUUAAUAUGUACAAAAAUAGACAAAUAAUGUUCUCUUAUCAAUACCAGUCCAAAUGUAUGUACAAAUAUAUCCAUAGUUUGUAGUUUUGUAAACAUGAAUGUAAGAAUAGAAUUUGUUACAGAAACACAAUAAAACUAGAUUUACA